GAAGAGGAUUACAGGCACAGGCCUCUUUGUGAGAAGCAGACCGGCCUAGGGGCUGGGAGCAGGCUACCUACGGCUGCAUGUUGAAGAAGAUGGGUGAGGCCGUGGCCAGAGUUGCAAGGAAGGUCAACGAGACGGUGGAGAGCGGCUCUGACACCCUGGACCUGGAGGAGUGCAAGCUGGUUUCCUUCCCCAUCGGCAUCUACAAGGUCCUGCGGAAUGUCUCCGACCAGAUCCACCUCAUCACACUGGCGAACAAUGAGCUCAAGUCCCUCACCAGCAAGUUCAUGACCACGUUCAGUCAGCUCAGAGAACUCCGUCUGGAAGGGAAUUUCCUCCAUCGUCUCCCCAAUGAGGUCAGCAGCCUGCAACACCUCAAGUCUAUUGAUCUGUCCCGGAACCAGUUCCAAGACUUCCCUGAGCAGCUCACCACCCUGCCAGCACUGGAGACUAUCAACCUGGAGGAGAAUGAAAUUGUGGAUGUACCGGUAGAGAAGCUGGCCACCAUGCCUGCCCUGCGCACCAUCAACCUCCGCUUCAACCCACUGAACGCCAAGGUGCGCGUGAUCGCCCCACCCCUCAUCAAAUUUGACAUGCUACUAUCUCCAGAGGGUGCCAGAGCCCCUCCGCCUUAGACCACCCUCCUGGUGCUCACCCAGCAAGGGACAGAGGCCACUGGCCUGGUACCCUGAGAGGAGGGAGACCCAUGGGCCUAUAGGAGGGCAAAUUUGGGGGAGGAGGGAUGGGUAGGCCGAACAGCGCAGAGUGAGGGGUGCAGUCAUGCCAGGAUAGCUAGCUUAGUGCUGUGGGCAGACUGGGAUGCCCAGACGGAGGAGGCAAGGGCCCACCCAAGCCUGGGCUCCAGGUACUCAUAGCUGCUGUGCAAACAGCCUUGUUACUUAGAGGAACAAUGGUGAUGGGAGUCUUUGCCUGUUUUGAGACCCUAGGAGGAUUUUUCUCCACAUUUUGGGACCUUCUACCCAGGAGGAUUUUUCUCCACACACUCCUGAGCCCUGCUGAACUUCAGGGGCAGGGAGUGGGGGAUCUCCUCAUGUUGUCUUGUUCCUAAUGCUGAGAACCAGUGGCUACCAUAAAAGGCAGAAGACACCUCCUAUUUAUUGCUUCCUGAGAACUGAGCUGGGUGAAGCCUUUCACCAUGCUCUGGCCUCUGCCAUAUGAGCCCCAGGACUGGCAGGAACCAGAACCAGGAGUCCUCUGGAUGCUGUAGAGAGUGGUGUGGCCCUAUAGCUGGGCGAAAAUAUUUUGAAGACGCUUGGGAACUGCUGGAUGGGACACUGGGAAGCAAAUCAAGGCUGCUGUGUAACUUUAUCAUGAUUAAGAAAUCAGUGGGGCCAGGUACCCGUGUGGCUCACAUUUCUAACCCUAGCUACUUGGAAGGCUGAGAUCUGAGGAUCAUGGUUCA